AUGGUUUUUGUACCUGAAUCGAAUUUGAAAACUGGUGGCUCUAAAGAAACAGAGAUGGAGAAUUCGGAGUGCGUGAGAGUUGCCGUUAAUAUUCGGCCGUUGAUCACACCAGAGCUUCUCAUUGGUUGUACAGACAUCAUCACCGUUGUCCCUGGAGAGCCGCAGGUUCAGAUCGGCUCGCAUUCGUUUACUUACGAUUACGUAUAUGGGAGCACGGCGUCACCUUCUUCAGAGAUUUUCAAUGAUUGUGUUGCUCCACUGGUAGAGGCGCUUUUAAAUGGCUACAAUGCCACCGUACUUGCCUAUGGCCAGACUGGUUCAGGGAAAACGUAUACAAUGGGGACUAAUUACACUGCAGAAGGAAGUAAUAGUGGAGUUAUACCCAAAGUAAUGGAUAGUAUAUUUAGGAGAGUGGAGACUGCUAAAGAAUCGGCAGAGUUUUUGAUACGGGUUUCAUUCAUCGAGAUAUUUAAGGAAGAGGUGUUCGAUUUGCUCGACCCCAAUUCGGCAGUUUUCUCUAAGGGUGAAGGGGUGAAUGCUGCAAAGCCUGCGGUGCCUGCUAGAGUUCCAAUUCAGAUUAGAGAAACAGUAAAUGGAGGGAUAACACUUGCUGGUGUCACUGAAGCAGAAGUUAGAAAUAAAGAGGAGAUGGCAUCUUACUUGUCGCGUGGGUCUUUAUCUCGUGCAACUGCCAGCACUAACAUGAACAGUCAAUCUAGGUGUGGAUUCACUAUGUCAUUUACUCUAACUUAG